AUGCCUGGACUGCCGAGAGUACUGCCUGGUAAUGGGACAGACGAGCCCACUGUCCUCAUCACCACACAAAAAGUUGCUUCUUUGGAAAGUGUGCAAUGGCAAUUGAACAACGUGAAUCUAGAUCAGACAAUGGACUUACUGGAGGAGAUUUUUGCUUCCUCAAUUGUAGACAGGGUCCACAAGACUGUUUUCAAUAGCAGUUGGAAAAAGUCACCCAGCACUUCAGGUUUCACUCAAAACAACAUUUUCCAGGAUGAAAGCUGCACUUCACUACCAUUUCCUCCCCUUCCUGCAGUCAUUCAAGAGUCCCAUGCACCUGCUGUGACUCGUCAAAAUAUAUCAACAACUGCAAGAUGCACCACUCCACGACCUGCACCAACUUUAGCUGAAGUUUUACAGUGUCCCAACUUUGAGACUUGGUAUCUAGGACAAGACUGCUCCGUUACAAGUGCUACAGCAGCACCUAGUCCUCAGCGUACUCAUUGGCAGCCCCUGCCCAUGACUCCAUCUAGUGGACUAGACUGCUCCGUUACAGGUUCUGCUACUACUCAUCAGCAGCCCACACCCACUUCUAUAUCUUCAGAGUUGUCUGUUGAGACCACUGGAGUUAUGGCUGUGCAGGAAGCACCUCAUGAACCCGCAUCUCACUUUGAUUCCAAACAAGAAGCCAGUGAUUGGCGCUUCUUCAGAGUCUGGGUGCCGAACAAUGUCAACAUCCAAAUCCAAAUGGCCGACAAGAACUGCCUUCGUGAGAAUGUUAAUGAACUUUGCAUGUUGUGUGUGAAGGUUACACAUGCGAACCCUAAGGCAUUACAAAAGGAUGUCAAUGCAACGUUCAAAACAAUGCAGACUGAGUGGACUAGCAUCCAAGCACGUACAGGCCUCAAGGGAAUGUAUAUUGCGGUCGGGUCAUUCAUCAAAGAUGUUCUUGGCAUGGAGCCAAAGUGCUUUGCACUCAAAGUUGAGUCCUGGGUAGUUGGAAAUUUCGAUAGUGCUAGCACAGCCAGCCAACGACUGUCAUUGACAAAACUUAUUAGCCUGUGUCGCCAGCACAUCCAGGACAGACUUGAUAUUAUUCUUCCUACUUUGAGUCAUCCACCAAAAAAGAAGGUCAAAAUGAAUUACGAUAAUUAUGAAGGCAAGAUUGUGGAAACUUACAGCAUUGCACUGGGAAAUUUUCCUGGCAUUAUUCAAAAUCCUGGAAAGAUUGGGUGUCGCAAAGACUUGGUCAAGCUGUAUGACUUACUUUUCAGUGGAACAUGCUCAUGGAUGAAGCUCACAAGUGAUGAGCUUAUGGAACGUGUUGCCAAGAACAAGGAAUGCCAGGCACAUGGUGAACAAAUCUAA